AUGGUUGCAUCACACAACAAUGCCUUCCCCCUCUCAUGCCUUCCCCCUCUCAUGCCUUCCCCCUCUCAUGCCUUCCCCCUCUCAUGCCUUCCCCCUCUCAUGCCUUCCCCCUCUCAUUGCCUUCCCCCUCUCAUGCCUUCCCCCUCUCAUGCCUUCCCCCUCUCAUGCCUUCCCCCUCUCAUGCCUUCCCCCUCUCAUGACUUCCCCCUCUCAUGCCUUCCCCCUCUCAUGCCUUCCCCCUUUCAUGCCUUCCCCCUCUCAUACCUUCCCCCUCUCAUGCCUUCCCCCUCUCAUGCCUUCCCCCUCUCAUGCCUUCCCCCUCUCAUGCCUUCCCCCUCUCAUGCCUUCCCCCUCUCAUGCCUUCCCCCUCUCAUGCCUUCCCCCUCUCAUGCCUUCCCCCUCUCAUGCCUUCCCCCUCUCAUGACUUCCCCCUCUCAUGCCUUCCCCCUCUCAUGCCUUCCCCCUUUCAUGCCUUCCCCCUCUCAUGCCUUCCCCCUCUCAUGCCUUCCCCCUCUCAUGCCUUCCCCCUCUCAUGCCUUCCCCCUCUCAUGCCUUCCCCCUCUCAUUCCUUCCCCCUCUCAUGCCUUCCCCCUCUCAUGCCUUCCCCCUCUCAUGCCUUCCCCCUCUCAUGCCUUCCCCCUCUCAUGCCUUCCCCCUCUCAUGCCUUCCCCCUCUCAUGCCUUCCCCCUCUCAUGCCUUCCCCCUCUCAUGCCUUCCCCCUCUCAUGCCUUCCCCCUCUCGUGCCUUCCCCCUCUCGUGCCUUCCCCCUCUCGUGCCUUCCCCCUCUCAUGCCUUCCCCCUCUCAUGCCUUCCCCCUCUCAUGCCUUCCCCCUCUCAUGCCUUCCCCCUCUCAUGCCUUCCCCCUCUCAUGCCUUCCCCCUCUCAUGCCUUCCCCCUCUCGUGCCUUCCCCCUCUCGUGCCUUCCCCCUCUCGUGCCUUCCCCCUCUCGUGCCUUCCCCCUCUCGUGCCUUCCCCCUCUCGUGCCUUCCCCCUCUCAUGCCUUCCCCCUCUCAUGCCUUCCCCCUCUCAUGCCUUCCCCCUCUCAUGCCUUCCCCCUCUCAUGCCUUCCCCCUCUCAUGCCUUCCCCCUCUCAUGCCUUCCCCUCUCAUGCCUUCCCCCUCUCAUGCCUUCCCCCUCUCAUGCCUUCCCCCUCUCAUGCCUUCCCCCCUCUCAUGCCUUCCCCCUCUCAUGCCUUCCCCUCUCAUGCCUUCCCCUCUCAUGCCUUCCCCCUCUCAUGCCUUCCCCCUCUCAUGCCUUCCCCCUCUCAUGCCUUCCCCCUCUCAUGCCUUCCCCCUCUCAUGCCUUCCCCCUCUCAUGCCUUCCCCCUCUCAUGCCUUCCCCCUCUCAUGCCUUCCCCCUCUCAUGCCUUCCCCCUCUCAUGCCUUCCCCCUCUCAUGCCUUCCCCCUCUCAUGCCUUCUCACCCUUCUCAUGCCUUCCCCCUCUCAUGCCUUCCCCCUCUCAUGCCUUCCCCCUCUCAUGCCUUCCCCCUCUCAUGCCUUCCCCCUCUCAUGCCUUCCCCCUCUCAUGCCUUCCCCCUCUCAUGCCUUCCCCCUCUCAUUGCCUUCCCCCUCUCAUGCCUUCCCCCUCUCAUGCCUUCCCCCCUCUCAUGCCUUCCCCCUCUCAUGCCUUCCCCCUCUCAUGCCUUCCCCCUCUCAUGCCUUCCCCCUCUCAUGCCUUCCCCCUCUCAUGCCUUCCCCCUCUCAUGCCUUCCCCCUCUCAUGCCUUCCCCCUCUCAUGCCUUCCCCCUCUCAUGCCUUCCCCUCUCAUGCCUUCCCCCUCUCAUGCCUUCCCCCUCUAAUGCCUUCCCCCUCUCAUGCCUUCCCCCUCUCAUGCCUUCCCCCUCUCAUGCCUUCCCCCUCUCAUGCCUUCCCCCUCUCAUGCCUUCCCCCUCUCAUGCCUUCCCCCUCUCAUGCCUUCCCCCCUCUCAUGCCUUCCCCCUCUCAUGCCUUCCCCCUCUCAUGCCUUCCCCCUCUCAUGCCUUCCCCCUCUCAUGCCUUCCCCCUCUCAUGCCUUCCCCCUCUCAUGCCUUCCCCCUCUCAUGCCUCCCCCUCUCAUGCCUUCCCCCUCUCAUGCCUUCCCCCUCUCAGCUUCCCCCUCUCAUGCCUUCCCCCUCUCAUGCCUUCCCCCUCUCAUGCCUUCCCCCUCUCAUGCCUUCCCCCUCUCAUGCCUUCCCCCUCUCAUGCCUUCCCCCUCUCAUGCCUUCCCCCUCUCAUGCCUUCCCCCUCUCAUGCCUUCCCCCUCUCAUGCCUUCCCCCCUCUCAUGCCUUCCCCCUCUCAUGCCUUCCCCCUCUCAUGCCAUGCCUUCCCCCUCUCAUGCCUUCCCCCUCUCAUGCCUUCCCCCUCUCAUGCCUUCCCCCUCUCAUGCCUUCCCCCUCUCAUGCCUAUCCCCCUCUCAUGCCUUCCCCCUCUCAUGCCUUCCCCCUCUCAUGCCUUCCCCCUCUCAUGCCUUCCCCCCUCUCAUGCCUUCCCCCUCUCAUGCCUUCCCCCUCUCAUGCCCUUCCCCCCUCUCAUGCCUUCCCCUCUCAUGCCUUCCCCCUCUCAUGCCUUCCCCCUCUCAUGCCUUCCCCCUCUCAUGCCUUCCCCCUCUCAUGCCUUCCCCCCUCUCAUGCCUUCCCCCUCUCAUGCCUUCCCCCUCUCAUGCCUUCCCCCUCUCAUCCCCCUCUCAUGCCUUCCCCCUCUCAUGCCUUCCCCCUCUCAUGCCUUCCCCCUCUCAUGCCUUCCCCCUCUCAUGCCUUCCCCCUCUCAUGCCGUUCCCCCUCUCAUGCCUUCCCCCUCUCAUGCCUUCCCCCCCUCUCAUGCCAUUUCCCCCUCUCAUGCCUUCCCCUCUCAUGCCUUCCCCCUCUCAUGCCUUCCCCCUCUCAUGCCUUCCCCCUCUCAUGCCUUUCCCCUUUCUCAUGCCUUCCCCUCUCUCAUGCCUUCCCCCUCUCAUGCUUUCCCCCUCUCAUGCCUUCCCAAUCUCAUACAGACGUGAAUGCAUAUGGUUGCAUCACACAACAAUGCCUUCCCCCUCUCAUGCCUUCCCCCUCUCAUGCCUUCCCCCUCUCAUGCCUUCCCCCUCUCAUGCCUUCCCCCUCUCAUGCCUUCCCCCUCUCAUGCCUUCCCCCUCUCAUGCCUUCCCCCUCUCAUGCCUUCCCCCUCUCAUUGCCUUCCCCCUCUCAUGCCUUCCCCCUCUCAUGACUUCCCCCUCUCAUGCCUUCCCCCUCUCAUGCCUUCCCCCUUUCAUGCCUUCCCCCUCUCAUGCCUUCCCCUUCAUGCCUUCCCCCUCUCAUGCCUUCCCCCUCUCAUGCCUUCCCCCUCUCAUGCCUUCCCCCUCUCAUGCCUUCCCCUCUCAUGCCUUCCCCCUCUCAUGCCUUCCCCUCUCAUGCCUCCCCUCUCAUGCCUUCCCCUCCUCAUCCUCAUGCCUUCCCCCUCUCAUGCCUUCCCCCUCUCAUGCCUUCCCCCUCUCAUGCCUUCCCCCUCUCAUGCCUUCCCCCUCUCAUGCCUUCCCCCUCUCAUGCCUUCCCCCUCUCAUGCCUUCCCCCCUCUCAUGCCUUCCCCCUCUCAUGCCUUCCCCCUCUCAUGCCUUCCCCCUCUCAUGCCUUCCCCCCUCUCAUGCCUUCCCCCUCUCAUGCCUUCCCCCUCUCAUGCCUUCCCCCUCUCAUGCCUUCCCCCUCUCAUGCCUUCCCCCCUCUCAUGCCUUCCCCCUCUCAGUGCCUUCCCCCUCUCGUGCCUUCCCCCUCUCAUGCCUUCCCCCUCUCGUGCCUUCCCCCUCUCGUGCCUUCCCCCUCUCGUGCCUUCCCCCUCUCGUGCCUUCCCCCUCUCAUGCCUUCCCCCUCUCAUGCCUUCCCCCUCUCAUGCCUUCCCCCUCUCAUGCCUUCCCCCCUCUCAUGCCUUCCCCUCUCAUGCCUCCCCUCUCAUGCCUUCCCCCUCUCAUGCCUUCCCCCUCUCAUGCCUUCCCCCUCUCAUGCCUUCCCCCUCUCAUGCCUUCCCCCUCUCAUGCCUUCCCCCUCUCAUGCCUUCCCCCUCUCAUGCCUUCCCCCUCUCAUGCCUUCCCCCUCUCAUGCCUUCCCCCUCUCAUGCCUUCCCCCUCUCAUGCCUUCCCCCCUCUCAUGCCUUCCCCCUCUCAUGCCUUCCCCCUCUCAUGCCUUCCCCCUCUCAUGCCUUCCCCCUCUCAUGCCUUCCCCCUCUUCAUGCCUUCCCCCUCUCAUGCCUUCCCCUCCUCAUGCCUUCCCCCUCUCAUGCCUUCCCCCCUCUCAUGCCUUCCCCCCUCUCAUGCCUUCCCCCUCUCAUGCCUUCCCCCUCUCAUGCUCUUCCCCCUCUCAUGCCUUCCCCCUCUCAUGCCUUCCCCCUCUCAUGCCUUCCCCCUCUCAUGCCUUCCCCCUCUCAUGCCUUCCCCCUCUCAUGCCUUCCCCCUCUCAUGCCUUCCCCCUCCCCUCUCAUGCCUUCCCCCCUCUCAUGCCUUCCCCCUCUCAUGCCUUCCCCCUCUCAUGCCUUCCCCCCUCUCCGUGCCUUCCCCCUCUCAGUGCCUUCCCCCUCUCAUGCCUUCCCCCUCUCAUGCCUUCCCCCUCUCAUGCCUUCCCCCUCUCAUUGCCUUCCCCCCUCUCAUGCCUUCCCCCUCUCAUGCCUUCCCCCUCUCAUGCCUUCCCCCCUCUCAUGCCUUCCCCCUCUCAUGCCUUCCCCCUCUUCAUGGCCUUCCUCCCCUCUCAUGCCUUCCCCCUCUCAUUGCCUUCCCCCUCUCAUGCCUUCCCCCUCUCAUGCCUUCCCCCUCUCAUGCCUUCCCCCUCUCAUUGCCUUCCCCCUCUCAUUCCUUCCCCCUCCUCAUGCCUUCCCCCUCUCAUUGCCUUCCCCCCUCUCAUGCUUCCCCCUUCUCAUGCCUUCCCCCUCUCAUGCCUUCCCCCCUCUCAUGCCUUCCCCCCUCUCAUGCCUUCCCCUCUCAUGCCUUCCCCUCUCAUGCCUUUCCCCUCUCAUGCCUUCCCCCUCUCAUGCCUUCCCCCUCUCAUGCCUUCCCCCUCUCAUGCCUUCCCCCUCUCAUGCCCCUUCCCCCCUCUCAUGCCUUCCCCCUCUCAUGCCUUCCCCCUCAUCUCAUGCCUUCCCCCUCUCAUGCCUUCCCCCUCUCAUGCCUUCCCCCUCUCAUGCCUUCCCCUCUCAUGCCUUCCCCCUCUCAUGCCUUCCCCCUCUCAUGA